CGACCGCGAGCAUGAGCACGAGCUCGAGCUGUGCAGCCUUGUCAUUGGCUGUUGCUAUAACACUAGGGGCGUGGACAUGCGCCAGUGGGGGCGGAGAAAAUGCCUCAUUAUGAGGGACCAACAUAUUUGCCUUUGUUUUUUUUUUUUUUUUUUUUUUUAUACCCCCCCCGUCGCUCUCUCCUUUCUCUCUCUCUCUCACCCAGAGCGCCACACACUAGGCGGACGGCACAGCCAAACACGCCGCCGCGAGGAAGACACUCGCCCAGCAGCCGACGACACAGCGCCUUCGGCAAGGGAUUAUUCCGCGGGUGCGCGUGCCAGCGGUUCGAGGUUGAGGCAGCGACGUUCCUCUUUCCUCUUCCUUCACCCCGCCGCCGCUGUAACUAAUCGGCUCUCCGGGACGAUGAACAAGAUGAAGAACUUCAAGCGACGCUUCUCGCUGUCAGUGUCGAGGACUGAGACGAUUGAGGAGACCGAGUUCACGGAGCAGAUAAACCAACUCAACAUUCGGCACAAUGAAGGCUUGGCAACGCGGGCCCUGCACCCAGAGCGUAGCCCCCUGGGAGGAGGCAACGGGGACCAGUCUCCGACCCAGCUGCAUUACCGCAGCAAGCAACCUCAGCACCGUCGCUUCUCUAUGGAGGACGUCAGCAAGCGCAUGUCGCUCCCGAUGGACAUUCGUCUCCCGCCAGAGUUGCUCAAGAAGCUGCAGACGGAGUGUUCCCCACCCUCCAAACCCCUGAGUCGAAUGUCCCGGCGAGCCUCCCUGUCCGACAUCGGCUUCGGGAAACUGGAGACGUACGUCAAGCUGGGAAAGUUGGGGGAGGGGACAUACGCCACGGUGUUCAAAGGGCGCAGCAAGCUCACAGAGAACCUGGUAGCCCUCAAAGAGAUUCGCCUGGAGCACGAGGAAGGGGCGCCGUGCACCGCCAUCCGAGAAGUGUCACUGCUAAAGAACCUGAAACACGCCAACAUUGUAACCCUGCAUGACAUCAUCCACACCGACCGCUCACUCACCCUCGUCUUUGAGUACUUGGACAGCGACUUGAAACAUUACCUGGACAACUGCGGGAACCUCAUGAGCAUGCACAAUGUCAAGAUCUUCAUGUUCCAGCUGCUCCGUGGCCUGUCCUACUGUCACAAGAGGAAGAUCCUGCACAGAGACCUGAAGCCACAGAACCUGCUCAUCAAUGACAAGGGGGAGCUCAAACUGGCUGACUUUGGCCUGGCCAGGGCCAAAUCGGUCCCUACAAAGACAUACUCCAACGAGGUGGUGACCCUGUGGUACCGCCCCCCAGAUGUGCUUCUGGGCUCCACAGAGUACUCAACCCCCAUAGACAUGUGGGGUGUCGGAUGCAUCCUGUUUGAGAUGGCGACAGGCCGGCCCAUGUUCCCAGGAUCAACUGUCAAAGAGGAGCUCCACCUUAUUUUUCGCCUGAUGGGUACUCCCACUGAGGAGACCUGGCCUGGAAUCACAACCAGUGAGGAGUUCAGAUCCUACCUCUUCCCCCAGUAUAGAGCCCAGCCACUCAUCAACCAUGUGCCCAGGUUAGAUACGGAGGGACUUGACCUUCUUUCAAGUCUGCUUCUGUAUGAAACCAGGGAAAGGAUCUCAGCAGAAGCAUCGCUGAGGCACCCGUACUUCAAGAGCCUUGGAGAGCAAAUCCACACCUUACCUGACACAUCCUCCGUAUUCUCCCUCAGGGAGGUGCAACUGCAGAAGGAUCCAGGGCACAGGGCCUCCGUGUUUCAGCAAGCAGCUCGGGGCAAAAACCGACGGCAGAGCAUAUUCUAGAGCUUGGCGUACCCAUGGCUGAGACGACUGUUGUCCACCAGAACAAAGCACGCAGAGCAGAAAAUCGGCACUUCAGCCCAUACACUUCUGAAACGACGUGGCCUGUGGUUGUGGGAGAGGGGUGAUGAGAAUGAUGCAGCCUGGAGUCCUCUCUUUUCAGAAAUUAGGCCAAAAAAAAAAAAAA